AUGCAAUGGACCUUAAUCGAAGCUAUGAGGGAAAAGCUAUGUUUUAUCGAUACGCCUAGUUUGGAAGAUUCGCAAGAUAAUGUCAAUACUAUAAAACAUAUUUUAGACUAUGUUAAUAAUAGAAAUCAUUUGAAUGCUGUGUGUCUUCUUGUUCAACCAGAUGCAUCACGACUAAACAAUAGUUAUCAAUCGCGUUUUGGUCAACUAUUGAACCGUUUAGGUGCUACUGCUCGAAAAAAACAUUAUUUUUGUUUCACUCAUGCUCAUGUUAGUUUCUCCAUGCCAAGAACUACCGCGGCCGUGCUAAGAGCAAUGUUUGCUUCACUUUCAAUGAAUGAUAUUUCUUUUCAUCGAACAAAUACAUACUUUUUUGACAACGAAUCAUUUCGAUAUUUAAUGGCAGUCAACAAUGGCGUCAAAUUUGAUAAUACCGAUCAGAGACCGAAAUCGAAUCGAAUUGCCGAAUAA